ACUUAAAGAAGCAAUGGAAGGUGACAAACCCACAGCACUAAUGUGUACAGUGCUAGCGAUAGACCACACCAGCUUCUGCUACAGGGUCUGCUCGGUCUGCGAGAGGACUCUCCCUGACAAUCCCACUUCUUUCUGCAAAUUCUGCAAUUUCAACGCUUUCAACUCAGCCUCCACCGGUUCCAAACGCCUCUUCCGCGUCUUGAUAUCAAUAGCAUCAGAUACAAAGGUAUUCACGGUGAUAUGCUUUGAUAGGGCAGCUAAAGUUCUCUUUGGGUGCUCUGCUGAUGAGUUCUUUGACUUCGCCAAGCUUCAUCCUUUUGCUGCGGUUUCUGCUAAUAGAGUUCUGGAGGGAGAGAUGUUCAGAAUGACACUGUCCAAAUCAAAGGGUGGCAAUGCACAACAUCUGCGAGUUGCAUCGGUGGUUCCUUUGAGAUCUGGAUUUCUCCCUGCAAUUCAGUCUUUAAGGGAAUUGUAUGGUGAACGAGUUGGUUCUUAACAGUUCUCUUCAGUUAUGUAUCCAACUUUCAGUACUCUACCCAGAAGGCUCCUGUAAUUUCCCAAUGGAAUAGUUUGUGGAAGCAGAUCUUCCAAAUUCAGGUUCCAUCUCCUAACAUCAUCCACUGUUUCCUAAUAAUUAGAUCAAUUAUUACUAAAAUUUUCUAAUGAUGCUGGAAUUUCCAAGCUCUCAUUUUAUAUCCAGGCCUAUUAUGCAGUUUGUCAUAUUACAGUGUAUGAUGGUUAUGGUAGAAGAAUUGAAUAUCAUAUGAUGGUAAACAUGUAUUCACUGUAUAUUUAUA